CCGACCCGGAAGCGGAAGAGGCUUGGCCUGUGUGGAGACGAGGCCGCCGGGCCCUGCCUGCCUGACGGACUCUGCGAGGCGCGCGCUAUGGGGCCGGGUUUCUUGUGAGUCCAUAUCAGCCUGCAUAUGAAAAGAGCAUCUCUUCUGAGUGACUGUGGCAUAACUUGGAAUGUUGGUUUGUUUCUGCCUCUGAUGGAGGAAUAACCAGAUUUCUCAUUCCUGCACUGAAAGACUUCACAGGAGAUACAAAAUGUCAUCAAAUCGGAGUCAGAACCCACAUGGACUUAAACAAAUUGGUCUUGACCAGAUAUGGGAUGACCUUAGAGCUGGAAUUCAGCAAGUUUAUACAAGGCAAAGUAUGGCAAAGUCCAGAUAUAUGGAACUCUACACUCAUGUUUAUAACUACUGUACUAGUGUCCACCAGUCUAAUCAAGCACGAGGGGCUGGUGUGCCGACUUCUAAGUCUAAAAAAGGCCAAACACCUGGAGGAGCUCAGUUUGUUGGCUUGGAACUGUACAAGCGGCUUAAAGAAUUUCUGAAGAAUUACUUGACAAAUCUUCUUAAGGAUGGUGAAGACUUGAUGGAUGAAAGUGUGUUGAAAUUCUACACUCAACAAUGGGAGGAUUAUAGGUUUUCAAGCAAAGUGCUGAAUGGGAUUUGUGCCUACCUCAAUCGACACUGGGUUCGUCGUGAGUGUGAUGAAGGCCGCAAGGGAAUAUAUGAAAUCUAUUCACUUGCCCUUGUCACCUGGAGGGACUGUUUGUUCAGGCCUUUAAAUAAGCAGGUAACAAAUGCUGUGCUGAAGCUGAUUGAAAAGGAAAGAAAUGGUGAAACAAUCAAUACAAGACUGAUCAGUGGAGUUGUGCAGUCUUAUGUGGAGCUAGGUCUGAAUGAAGAUGAUACUUUUGCUAAGGGCCCUACACUGACAGUGUAUAAGGAGUCCUUUGAGUCUCAGUUUCUUGCUGACACAGAGAGGUUCUACACAAGAGAGAGCACUGAAUUUUUGCAACAGAAUCCAGUUACAGAAUACAUGAAAAAAGCCGAAGCCCGCCUCCUGGAGGAGCAGAGGAGGGUUCAGGUGUAUCUCCACGAGAGCACGCAAGAUGAGCUAGCUCGGAAAUGUGAACAAGUACUGAUUGAAAAACACUUGGAGAUAUUUCAUACAGAAUUUCAGAACCUGUUGGAUGCUGACAAAAAUGAAGACUUGGGGCGCAUGUACAGCCUUGUGUCUCGAAUCCAAGAUGGCCUUGGGGAGCUGAAAAGACUUUUGGAAACACACAUCCACAGCCAGGGUCUCUCUGCCAUUGAAAAGUGUGGAGAAGCUGCUCUUAAUGAUCCCAAAAUGUAUGUUCAGACCGUGUUGGAUGUCCAUAAGAAAUACAAUGCACUGGUCAUGUCUGCUUUCAACAAUGAUGCUGGCUUUGUGGCUGCUCUAGACAAGGCUUGUGGUCGAUUUAUAAAUAACAACGCAGUGACAAAAAUGGCCCAGUCAUCCAGUAAAUCCCCAGAGCUGUUGGCACGGUAUUGUGACUCUCUGCUAAAGAAAAGCUCAAAGAAUCCAGAGGAAGCCGAGCUUGAAGACACACUCAAUCAAGUGAUGGUUGUCUUUAAGUAUAUUGAAGACAAAGAUGUAUUUCAAAAAUUCUAUGCCAAAAUGUUGGCAAAACGGCUUGUGCACCAGAACAGUGCUAGUGAUGAUGCUGAGGCAAGCAUGAUCUCCAAAUUGAAGCAAGCUUGUGGCUUUGAAUACACCUCAAAGCUUCAGAGGAUGUUCCAAGAUAUUGGUGUAAGCAAAGACUUGAAUGAACAGUUUAAAAAGCACCUGUCCAAUUCGGAGCCAUUGGAUUUGGACUUUAGCAUACAGGUUCUGAGCUCCGGAUCUUGGCCCUUCCAAAUGUCUUGUGCAUUUGCUCUCCCCUCAGAGCUGGAGCGCAGUUACCAGAGAUUUACUGCUUUUUAUGCUAGUCGCCAUAGUGGAAGAAAACUGACCUGGUUGUAUCAGCUCUCCAAAGGGGAACUGGUUACCAAUUGCUUCAAAAACAGAUACACUUUACAGGCAUCUACAUUCCAAAUGGCAAUCUUGCUGCAAUAUAACACAGAAGAUGCCUACACUGUUCAACAACUGACAGACAGUACUCAGAUAAAAAUGGAUAUUUUGGGACAAGUUCUACAGAUUUUGCUAAAGUCAAAGUUGCUGGUGUUGGAAGAUGAAAAUGCAAAUGUCGACGAGGUGGAGUUGAAGCCAGAUACCUUAAUAAAACUUUAUCUUGGUUACAAAAACAAAAAAUUGCGAGUGAACAUAAAUGUGCCAAUGAAGACUGAGCAGAAACAAGAACAGGAAGCUACACAUAAGAAUAUAGAGGAAGAUCGAAAACUACUAAUCCAGGCUGCCAUUGUAAGGAUUAUGAAGAUGAGAAAAGUCCUGAAACACCAGCAGUUACUGGGAGAAGUUCUCACACAACUAUCAUCAAGGUUCAAGCCACGAGUUCCAGUAAUAAAGAAGUGCAUUGACAUUCUAAUAGAGAAGGAAUACUUGGAGCGAGUGGAUGGCGAGAAGGACACCUACAGUUACUUGGCUUAAUGGUUCUCAGCAGCUGUCUGGGUGGCGAGUAGUUAAGUCAUUGAAAAAAUGAGAACAGAAUUUGUUGGCCUGCUGCCGUCUGGACCUCCAUUUUUAUAACCAAGACUAGGACUUCCAUCUGCCAGUCUUGGACUUACAUCAGACCUGCUCAGGAUUGAUACAUUUCAAGUAUGUAAAUAUGGACACCAAUGCCAUUUAACCUAAUUUAAGAACAGAAAGGAAUCUGAAACCUCCCUUGGAGGUUGCAUGCUACUUGCAUUUAAAUCAAUACAUUGGCUACACAGCAAACAGUUGUUGCCAGGCAGCAUUUAUACAUACAUGUUGGCAGCAGUUUGAGAGAGUCUAAUUUGGCCCAUGUGUAAUCUGCUAUAAAAUCAUUUGUAUAGUGUGUUUCAUUUUUUAAUGUGUGAUAAAUAAAAACUUAAAACUUUCUGUACAAGUUGGAUUUGGUUUUAUUGUUAAGUUCCAUGAGUUCUUUCUUAAAUGUAAAUAAAAGGUAUAAUUAUGAAAGCCAGAUAAACUAGUCUUGUUUUGCUUGUUGUAUUGCUUCUAAUGAUGUCAAAGUCUGGUUGCAGGUACUGGAAAAGUGAAGUUUGCCCAAAACUUUUAUUGCAAUGUGAAAAGUGGGAGUGGGGGGUUAAAGGAAUAUUUCCUUGGCCAGAAAAUCCAUCUUCCAUUUGAAAUUAAUAUUGGUGUUACGAACCCAACGUUUUCCCCAAUAAUCAUGCACUUUCAUAGAAGCACUAAUUAUGCCCAUCAUCAUAAUUACCAGGUAUGGCGGUGUAGCAGUGAUUUUAGAUUGAUGCUGGCAAACCGCAUCAGAUAAAAGCUAGCUAUCAAAACCCUCAGCUAUCAACACAACGUACAGUGCUGGCAAACCUUCCUGUACGUCAGUAUGCACAAACACGCAUCCACAAGUUGGGUCAGGGGGACAUUAGAGGGCAGCAGGUCACUACUGGGCUGGCCAGAGUUGGGAGGAUCCUGAUGGAACCAGUUAGAGCAGGUUAGAACAGGGGAGGCUGGUUCAAGCCUGAAGGGUCAGACCCAGGUUAGGAGGAAGACAAUGGGAAAAUGGCAGAGUGGUGGAAAAACCCCAAGGAUCACAAGAUUGAGAGGAGGGGGAUGUUUGAGGAGUAGGCAUGUGACAGGGCGAGGUCUGAGGAGUAUGUGAGGACCAGGCACUUCCUCUAUGGCGGAGUUUUGGGGUGUUGGCAGGAUGUGACCUAUGCAAGGACACCACCUCUUUUGGAGUUGACCACUUGUCAUUGGAUGAAGGAUGCACCUCUAGUUAAUCAUUGACAGUUCUGAAACUUUACAAUAAAAGGGGGUGCCUGCUUUCAUUCUGGGCGACCUUCCGAUCCACAUUCUGUCUCCCGCUGUGUUCUUUAUCUCGUGCUCCCCACAGGCGGCAUGUGAUAUUUAGCACGUGGGGCACACAAAGCAGCUGCCUGGCCGUAUUACACACAGUGUCUUUAAAGCUGCAGCAUGGUACUGUAUAUGGAAACACACCAUGAUUACUUACAGAUACAGGGACAUGUUUGUGGCAUGGCAUUGCAGUUGAUUCAAAAUUCAAGCAUAGUGACUCAUGACAAGAUGAUAUGAACACAGUUCAUGGUCAUUAAAAUACAGAGACAGCUUUGCAAUUCUAAUUUUUAGAAAUUUUGAAGUUUGUCAGUUGCAUAUAAACACUGCAUAGAAAUCAGGUAGAAAUUUGGACACAAGGUAAAACUAUUUCAGUUAAUAAUAAAUCCAUGCUGAUUAAGAUUGUUCAGGUUAUCGAACUUAAUGGUUGGAGCAUUCUUAGUGGAUGAUGGUCCAUCAAAGGGGCUAUUGUGGCUACCUAGCGUCCAAGGCAGGAAAUGCACACAUAUUCAAGGAAGUAGGGCCACUGAAUAUCCCCAGUCCAUUUCCUGCUUUUUAUCAGGGCAGCUGGUUUUUUCAGUCUGCUUUUUACUUAAGUCCUUAGGACUAAUACUGUGUGUUUCAUGAGUCUCAAGUGUGUGUGCUGACUUGGCAGCAGCAGCCACACUUGUUUUUAACAGCUUAAUGGCAGCUGCUUUGUUCUCUAGAACAGCCCUGAGCAGCCCUGGUCAUCUGUGAGGCCUGCUAUGGUGGCAGCAUCAAACACGGUUGCUGUGAUACUCCCAAUCUCACUGCUUGGAAUAAGGCUUGCUGCCACCAAAGCACACUCCAAAUUUGCCUUUUCUAAAGCAUCAGCUGCUUUGAUCCUCCCAGUAACAACAGGGAGCCUGUCGUGGAUCUGAUGCCUUGCCUUCCUCCUCCUCCUCCUGUCUCAUUUACUACUACAGAAGUACUACAAAGGUGGAGGCAUUUCUUGGGGCAAGCUCAGCCAAAUUGUGCGAGUCUAUCCAGAAUCUGCAGCUAGCCCUUCUUCAAGCUCCUAUUAUGUAUUCCAAUGUUAAUAACUCCACUGUUAUGCCCGCUCAGUUUGCCCAAGUCUAACCAGCCUGCUCUUGAACGUCAACAGCCAGUGCCUUGGAGGUUUUUAUGAAGAGAUUGGAUGAUUCUAUGAUAAUACACAAAUCCUUGGGUAUUCUGGGAAGAUUUAAAAUUAGUUCUUAUUUGUUGGGUGUUUUACAGAGAUGUCUUCACAAAGAUGCAUUGAUACUUUUAAGUUCAGUGGAUAAAUGUCAAAUACCACAAAAUUAUGAAAACAUUUAUUCUUACUUUAGCCCCUCUACAAUCAAGCAGAUGUUUAGGGAGACAAAGUCAGCUGUGUGAUCAAGAAAAGGACAUCUAUAUUUGAGGCCCUCACUGCUCAUUGUGCUGUUGAUUGAAGAUGGGGAAAGGGAUGAAAAUUGCAAACCUGUAAGAAUAGAAUCAAAGUUGGAAGUGACCCCGAGGGUCAUCUUGUCCAACACGCUGCAAUUCAGGAAUCGUCAACUAAAGCAUCCAGGACAGGUGGCCUUCCAACCUCUGCUUUUAAAAAAAUCAAAUGAAGGGCGGUUGCCGGUGAAAGUUUAAUGGGGGCCCAUGGAUUUGAACCUAUGCCUCCGAGUUCUGCCACAGCAUACUGAUUCUUGUUGUAAUCUUAGGUUGAAUCCACCCCGGCUGUAAACUCAAGUAUGUUUUUGAUUCAACAUUCUUCCAUUUUAGGAGGCAGGCCAGUUAAAGUUUGCUACCAGUAGCUGCAAAUGAUAGUGAAUGCCAUUACAGGUGAAUGCCAUUACAUUCAGUUUGAUCUGCCAUGGCCAGUACCUAACAUGAGCUUUUUCUCACCCAAAAGCUCGAACACACUUUCAUCCAGUCUUGGACCUGGAUUAAUGAUAGAAGUAGACCACUUAAAUUCAAAGUUCAAGUAUCCUUUAUUCAAGGUUUAAAAAUGUACCAUACUGCAUUAUUGCAAAAGUUCAAUGGUACAAAACAGGGUUGCAGCUGGUGAGAAGGCAAUAAAAAGUUGAUUUAAAAUUUGUCACUAUAAAUUACAGGUACAGUACUUUGCAAAUUCUGCAUUUGAAAUUGCAUCAAGUCAAUCUUCAAAAAAAUUGCCCACAGUACUAGAAACUUCUGAAGAUAAGGCAGCUGUUUUACAGAAGAGGUAGCUGGUAUCAAGGGAUUUCCAUUUCUCUUUCAAUGCCUACAUACUUGAGGGCAUCAGCCUGGCUGUAUCUGAAACAAA